AUGUCCUCGGAUUCUACCACUCCCGAAAUGAUGCCCGAAUCUGAUCUCAUAUACCCUCUACAUGAGUUCGACGACUCUCUCGUUAAUCGGUACAUGCAACACUGGACUCUACGAUUCGACGCUGUACUCGACACAAAGAAGCUGUCCGCAGCUCUCACACACCUUCUCAGCCAGGGCGAUUGGAGAAAGCUAGGUGGUCGCCUACAAUUCAACGACAGCGGCAAGCUUGAGAUUCAUGCACCAAGAAAAUAUACUCACGACCGACCGGCAUUUCAAUUUUCUGAGGAGACUUUCCCAGUCAAAACGACUGAUCAUCCUGUCGCGAAAAACCUUCCUAGGGCAAGAGGCAAGCCCGAACUGUUCCCAGGCAUCACAGGUCAAUUCAAGCCCUUGACUCUUGGCCCUGAAUGGGGACUCGACUUUGAUGAACACGUUCGUCGCCAGGAGCCCGUCAUUGGCGUUCAUAUAGCUCUCUUCGACGAUGCGACACUGAUUAGUAUUCGCUGGUCUCAUGUUGUUUGCGACUUUAUGGGGAUCAAAGGUCUGGUCCUGGCUUGGUCAAUGGAUCUGGACGGACGCUACGAUGAGAUUCCACCUUUUAUGGGUGCAUACGACGACCCUCUAAAGGACAUUGGAGUGUCGCCUAAGGAGCCUUAUGCUCUGGCACAUUUGAAGCUGAACCCCGAAGCCUUCAAAAAGACCUACGACCUAUACUUGGAGCAUGUCGAAGCAUACCCGGUAACAGUGCGACGCAUGCUUGUCUUGCCGGAUUCCACUGUCCAAAAGAUCAAAAUGGAUUUUAUCGGAGGACAAAGUUCGGAUACACUCAAAGUUAUUCCAAAGGGUGCCCUCUACAAUGGACAGUUUGUAAGCGACGCUGAUAUUCUGUCCGCUUGGGCGGCGCGACUCUGCUGUGGCAUCCUUCCUGCGGCGGACCGGCCCGUCCAUGUCAUGGGAAUGUACGAGGCGAGACAUUGCUUACCGGAAACGUUUCCCCAACGCAAGGACAAGCCCGAUUCUAGCCCCGUCUUUAUCGCCAAUGCAACCUUUUCGACCUCGACCAACACUACACUCAAGGCGCUUCGGCAGCAGCCGCUUGCAAGAACCGCGCUGUUGGUGAGGGACUCUGUCGCGACCCUUACUAAAGCUCCGCAAGUACACGCGCAACUACAUUUCCUUCGGGAGUCUUACCAAAAGGACAGAGAUAACCCGGCAAUCUUUGCGGCCGAGGACUCAUUCAUAUUGGUCGUCUCCAAUUUCAGUAAGAUGCUCUUUUUCGACUCGAUUGACUUUUCCUCCGCGGUUAUCACACCCGCCGUAGCUUGUCAUGGAAAGUCGCCUGGGAAAAUUGCAUGGCAUCAAUGGACUACAUUGGAACACACCACGCACAUGCGCAACAUGUUCCAAGUGGGCGGCAAAGAUGGCCAGGGAAAUACGUGGAUGAUGGGACUUUUACCGCCCGAAGCCUGGGCUGUGGCCGAGAAGCAUUUAGCCGGCCUCGCGGAUAGGCCCUUGCCAAGCAAGUUGUAG